UUUACGGAGAAUCGAAACCAACAUUUUCCAGUCUGAACUUCUACUGCAAUCCAUGGUCUGUCAUGAAAAUAGUUAUAUUUAUUUUAUAGUCUGAAUUUGAAAAUCUGCAUUACUAUAUAGCAUGUAGUGUUAAGUAAGCAGCCUAACUUACAUGUCACCUUAUUUGGAAAGGACCUGUAGGCCUACUCUGUCAGUUGGGAGUAAGUGGAGCUGAAUGCAGUUUUGGUUGUGUAAAAGUGAAAACGUGAACAGAGAUGGGGGACAAGAAACAAGACUCAGUGGAAAGGCCAGCAGAUGGCAAUAAGAACCAGACGAGUGACUCCCUCCAACAGGUUACAGCCCCUGGAAAUUCCAAGGGGAGAAAGAAGAGAGGAAAGAAAAAGAGGAGUGCCAAGAAGAUGGAGGACAAGGAGGGAGAGAUGGACAAAUUUGCCCCAUUGCAGUCUGUCCUGGUUCAAUCACAAUCAGAGGAAUCUAGCCCAGCCCAAUCCCCAUCAGUGCAAGCUGACCCACCCUUAGGGCAAUCUAAUCGAGAGAAACCUACACCAGAGCAACCUAUCCCGGAGCAACCCAAACCAGAGACACCCAAACCAGCACAACGUAACCCUGCCCAACCACUUACAGGGCAUCAAAACCCAGCCACGCUCCCUUCAGCGCUACCCAAUCAAGCCCAACCAGAGCAACCCAAUCCAGUGCACCCUAACCUAUCCCAACCACCUUUAGACCAUCUCUCCCUAACCCAGUCAAAGGACCAGCCAACUGAAGCCCAACCACAUCCAGAUCAGGGUCCUCCAACCUGGUUAUCCACAGAUCAGUCAUCUCCACAACAGUCUUCGCCAGAUCCGUCAUCUCCACACCAGUCAUCACCAGAUCAGUCAUCUCCAAACCAGUCAUCACCAGAUCAGUCAUCUCCACAACAGUCAUCACCAGAUAAUCCAGAUCUGUCAUCUCCACACCAGUCAUCACCAGAUCCGUCAUUUCCAAACCAGUUAUCACCAGAUCAGUCAUCUCCACAACUGUCAUCUCCACAACAGUUAUUACCUAAACAUCCAGAUCAGUCAUCACAGUCAUCUCCAGACGAGGACAAACCUAAGAAAAAGGGAGAUCCAAACAAACUUUCCCUUCUGACCUGGAACAUAGAUGGCCUGGACCUGAACGAUAUCAAGGAACGUCUCUCAAGGCUACUGGACUACCUGAUCAAGUACCACCCCGACAUUGUGCUACUGCAAGAGGUUAUUUCACCAAUUUACCAGGUUUUACAGCAGGUUCUGAAGCCGUAUCAUGUGUUGCCGGGUAGUGACAGAAGCUAUUUCACUGCCAUACUGCUGAGGAAGUCCAGAGUUCAACUUCUGGAGAGUAGCAUAGUGAAUUACCCUACCACAGAGAUGAGGAGAAAUCUGCUUAUGGCCCAUGUUUCUUUCCUUGGCCAUCCGUUGUGUGUGAUGACGUCCCACUUGGAGAGCAUGAAGCCCCGAUCCCUGGAACGCCAGAACCAGCUGAGGACGGUGUGGAAGACAAUGAGGGAGCAGCCCCAGGACCACAGCGUCAUCUUUGGGGGAGACACCAACCUCAGGGACUGGGAGGUGAAGAACCAGGGCGGUCUACCCGAGAACAUCUGUGACGUAUGGGAGUCCCUGGGCCAGCCGGAAGACUGCCGGUACACCUGGGACUGUGUCACCAAUGACAACAAGGACCUCCCUUUCCCCGCACGCCUGCGCUUUGACCGCAUCUUCCUGAGGCAGGCCGGCGAGGGGUCAAAGGUCAGCCCAGAUGGCAUCACCCUGGUGGGCCUGGAGAGGUUGAAUGACUGUCAACGCUUUACCAGUGACCACUGGGGUCUCCUCUGCACCUUCGUCAUAAAACCACUCAGUCAAGCAACACCUGAAUGAUACAAAGGGAACAGUUAGCUGUCCAUGUCAUGUCAACCUGGAACAGCAUAUAAGUCUUUGCCCAUCUUCUUUAUGUACAUUGGGAGAUUUUGAGAUUUUGACCUAGGAAAGAACAGGAUUAUGGGCACAGCAAUAGUGAUUAAUGACUUCAAUUUCUAUGUUUGGCAACUGCUGCUGUUCCAAGGCACACUUUUAAUUUAUCCAGCCAUAUAUUUGUCUGUGCCAACAGGUUAUGUACCCUAUUCAAGGGCACAUUCAUACUGUCUUUGGACUUGGAAGCAGAAACUAUAUUGGCUAUCCUCCAGGUUACAGUAUCUGAUUAUUUUCUAUCACUGUUUUAAACAUCACAGCAUCAAGCCAAUUUCACAAUAAACUCAUUUUGUUCCAGACAAUA